CUUGUCAACCCAGCGGCUCUUGGUGAAAAUGAAAGGAUAGUCAUGCUAAAAGUGAUGCUGUGUCUGUUCAGCAUGUACAAAUUGGGGCCGGCCAAUGUGGGCAAAAAGAAAGAAAUCCUGCAGGCAGGCCUGUUCUCCCGUCUUCUCGGUCGCCGGCUCGAUAUCACACCUAAACACACCCUGUACCGGCCCCCAUCUGGCCCCUUGGCUUGGCUCUACCGUCGGCACGAGCUCAAACGGUACCGGUUUGCAGGUGUCCACGGCACAAAUGCUCUCUCUCCGACAGCCUCCAUUCGUCUGGCAAUGCAGAGUUGCUGCCAUUUUUCAACCACCCCAGUCGCCCCCAACCCGAUACAGAUGCCUCUUCUCGGCCCCCAAAUCACCGGCUCCUCUACGAAAGUCAAAUGCGUUGACAACAACGCCUUGAGAAUGGAUACCAAUGACUCAGGUUGGAUUGAUGAAAAAUACGUUUGCUGCCAGGCCGAACACCAUCACGAAGACUGUCUGAAACGCUGCCUUUAG